UUAAAACAUUAUUAACGAUUUAUGAUUCAAUAAUUUUAUUACAAGUAAAAUGUAACUAGAGAAAACUUGUGAUGUAAUCAUGUUCGAAGCAUAUUAAAACUUUUAUCACUGAAAAGUUGUCAACCCGAGCCAACCAAGCAAAAGUAAAUGAUUCAACAGUAUAUGGAAUUGCCCAAAAUUCGUGGACGAGUGGAAAAAAAAUUUGUCGGAAAUGUUGUUAAAUUAAAAACUUUAAAUAAAUUAUUGGAAAAUGUUGUAGAAUAAAGUAAAUAACGCUAGUAUCCGACACGUACAAGUUUCUCAAAUUUAUUCGAUAGUUUUAAGUUGUCGGCAAUUUUUUAUACCACGUAAUUGAAAAUUUAUUCUUGGUCACUGAAUUGAUAGCACACGAAAAAAAAAAAACAGAUUAAUUCAAUAUUCUGCAUUAAAAUUAAUGAGAAAGCAUUGCACAGUGAUAGAUAAAAGUGUUUUAGCUAGGAAAUAAAUAAUAUAUUAACCUUAAAAGUAGGAGCAAGAAAGUCGGUACUAGGAAAAUGAUGACAAGGAAAAACAUAUCUCUUUUAACAUUACUCUUAGUCGUAUAUAUAGUUGAAAAAUCUUAUGGAUAUAAAGUAAUAUAUGCUGUUAAUUGCGGGGGAGAGGAACAUACUGAUUCAGCUGGAAUUAAAUACAGUCAAGAUAAUUUAAAAGUUGGAACCGCAUCAGACUUUGGAAAAUCUCUGUCAAGUAUUGGACGUGUAAAUCAAGCAGAUGAAAUUAUUUAUCAAACGGAAAGAUAUCACACAUCUACUUUUGGCUAUGAAAUUCCAUUGGCAGGAGAUGGCGAUUAUGUGUUGAUUUUAAAAUUUAGUGAAGUUUACUUUAAUUCACCAAACUCAAAGGUUUUCGAUGUAGUCCUUAACGCUGAUCACAAAAUCAUAUCUGACUUGGAUAUUUUUGCUAAUGUUGGUAAAGGUGUUGCACAUGAUGAAUAUAUUCAUUUUAGCGUAUCGAGAAAUAGACUGUAUUACAAGGAAGAGGAAUCAGAAAUAAGAGGAGGAAAAGUGCGCGUGGAGUUUCUUAAAAAUUAUCGUGACAAUCCAAAAAUUAACGGAAUUGUAUUGAUCAAAGGCAGCGAUAUAAACAAUAUACCCAAAUUACCUCCACUCCUAGAGAAUCCAGAACCAGUAGAAGAAAGUGCACCGCCAAUUAUUGAAGAAGAAAAGCCAGUUAUGUCGAAACCAAGGAAAACGAGUGGACCAAGAUCAGAAUCUCCGUAUGAUUCAAUGGACGAUCAAUUGAUGAUAAGCAUUUUUGUAGGUAUUGUACUCUUCAUUCCCCUUUUGUUCUGUUUGUGUAGACUUUGAGGAAGUCCAUGUUGAGUUGUUAUUUAAAAGAGAAAAAAAAUCUGUCCACCCUCUUUUUUCUGAAUAUCCUAAAUUGGUCUCGA